AAAGUGAGGCCGCGCUUCCGGUGUCAUGUGGCGACGGCCGCGGAUGUUGAUGUUGAUGUUCGCCGCUGUAGAAGAUGUGAACUUCCAUCUCGCUUUCUUCUCUCCUGGCGCCUUCUCCUUCUCCGUCGGGGCAGGCGUGCUUGCUUGCAUCCCCGGGCGGCGCCGUGUCUCUCCCGCGGAGCAGCGCGGAUGAUGGAGGACUUUGACGAGAUCUACGAGGAAGAGGAGGAGGAGGACGAAGAGGAGGAGGACGAGGACAGGGCCGCGGAGGAGCAACUCCUCAAGUACGCCCCGGACCCGGUGGUAGUGCGAGGCUGCGGCUACGUCACCGUGUUUGGCCUCAGUAACAAGUUUGAAUGGGAAUUCCCUUCAGCACUCACAGGCAAGGUGGCACCAGAAGAGUUCAGAGCGAGCAUCAACCGAGUGAACAGUUGUCUUAGAAAGACGCUGCCGGUGAACGUGAGAUGGCUGUUGUGUGGCUGCCUGUGCUGCUGCUGCACGCUGGGCUUCAGUCUGUGGCCUGUCAUCUGCUUCAGCAAGAGGACAAGAAAAUCUAUAGAGAAGCUUCUGGAGUGGGAGAACUGCAGACUUUACCACAAGUUGUGUUUGCACUGGACACUGAGCAAAAGGAAGUGCGAAUCCAACAACAUGAUGGAAUAUGUGAUCCUAAUAGAGUUCCUCCCCAAGAUCCCCAUCAACAGACCCGACUAACUCAAUGAUCUCAAGUUGGUGUCUACAGACCCGACGAGCCCAUCUGAUCUCAAGAUGGCGUCUACAGACCCGACGAGCCCAUCUGAUCUCAAGAUGGCAUCUACAGACCCGACGAGCCUAUCUGAUCUCAAGAUGGCGUCUACAGACCUGACGAGCCCAUCUGAUCUCAAGAUGGAGUCUACAGACCUGACUAGCCCAUCUGAUCUCAAGAUGGCGUCUACAGACUCGACGAGCCCAUCUGAUCUCAAGAUGGAGUCUACAGACCCGACGAGCCCGUCUGAUCUCAAGAGGGCGUCUACAGCCCGGGCUAGUCCAUCUGUUUUCAAGACGGCGUCUACAGGCCCCACUAGCCCAUCUGUUUUCAAGACUGCGUCUACAGGCCCGACUAGCGCAUCUGAUCUCAAAGAAGGUGUCUACAGACCCGUCAAGCCCAUCUGAUCUUAAAGAAGGCGUCUACAGACCCGACAAGCCCAUCUGAUCUCAAAAAAGUCAUCUACAGACCCGACAAGCCCUUCUGAUCUUAAAGAAGGCGUCUACAGACCCGACAAGCCCAUCUGAUCUCAAAGAAGUCAUCUACAGACCCGACAAACCCUUCUGAUCUCAAAGAAGGCGUCUACAGACUCGACUAACCCAUCUGAUCUCAAGACUGAGUCUACAGACGCGACUAGCCCAUCUGCUUUUAAGACGGCGUCUACAGACCCAACUAGCCCAUCUGAUCUUAAGACGGCGUCUACAGACCCGACUAGCCCAUCUGAUCUUAAGACGGCGUCUACAGACCCGACUAGCCCAUCUGAUCUCAAGACAGCGUCUACAGACCCGACUAGGCCAUCUGAUCUCAAGACGGCGUCUACAGACCCGACUAGGCCAUCUGAUCUCAAGACGGCGUCUAUAGACCCGACUAGGCCAUCUGAUCUCAAGACUGAGUCUACAGACGCGACCAGCCCAUCUACUUUUAAGACGGCGUGUACAGACCCGAAUAGGGCGUCUGAUCUCAAGACAGCAUCUCACCUGAGUCACUCUAAAGGUUGACAGGGUAAAACUUCCACCCUCUUUUUCUUUUGGACCACUUGUCCCGCCAUGACCAGACUGUUUUGGAGCAGGGAAUCAGACCCAACGUUGCUGCAGAGUCAUGGUGACAAGAAGCCUGACUCAGCGACCGUCAAACCACCAAAUACACCCCAGUGCUUUUUUCUCUGUUUCUGGAACAGGCGACUGUGGGGGACGACUAAAUCAUUUUGGAAAAGGGGACUGUGGAGGACGACUAAAUCAUUUUGGAACAGGCGAUUGUGAAGGACUAUUAAGAGUGUAGCAGCACAGUCAGUGUGCAUUAGGAGACAAUCAGUGGUGUUGCGGUCACCAUGGCAACAUGUUUGUUUUGUUUUGUGUGACGUCACCUUUCUUUUCUAACUAAGUGUGGUCUUGUCUGUCUGGUGGAGUCACACCACAUUCUUGUCUUUCUGAAGGGGUGUGGCUCACAUGACUCAAGGUCACUCAAAGUCACCUUUCAUCUUCACCACAUGGGGGCAAUUCUCUUUCCUCACUUCUGAACUCCUGUUUCCAUGCCAGUGUUAUAGUGAGCAGAAUAAUCUGCCACCUUUCCACCGCUAACUACUGUAAAUUCCGGACUAUCAGUCACUACUUUUUUCCUAUGCUUUGAACCCUGCGGCUUAUAAAACGGUGCGACUACUUAAUGUUUUUUUUUUUGUUUUUUUUUGCUGACGGCCGUGAUACAAAUAGUUUAAAAAUAAACAAAUCAGACACUGAGAA